AAUCGGCCCUGAGCUCUUCGGGAAGCGCAGCGUCUCCACCGGCGGCGGCUCUCUUCAGGAGAGCGGAGUUAGCGGAACCGGACUGGAACCACACGUUCGCCUCGCCGUCUCUGCUCGCCAGGCUCUCUGCGGAGCUCCCACUCGGAGGGUGAAUGAGGUUUAUGCUGCUGUGUUGCACCUGGAAGGACGAGCGCAUGGGAGAGGACGAAGAUGAAGAUCACUUUAGGAGCCACCCAUGUAGAAAUCCAGAUCCUCCUGAAGCCAGUGGAAGCUUGCCUGUGUGUGCAGGAUGCAGACAGCGCAUCUACGAUGAGCAGUACCUCCAGGCCCUCAACACGGACUGGCACACAGUUUGUUUCAGAUGCUGUGAGUGCAGUGCCUCUCUGUCUCACUGGUACUAUGAAAAAGAUGGUCGUCUCUACUGUAAGAAGGACUACUGGGCGAAGUUUGGAGAGCUGUGUCACGGCUGCUCCGAACCCAUCACCACCGGCCUCAUCAUGGUUGCUGGAGAGCAGAAGUAUCACCCCGAGUGCUUCACCUGCCUGAACUGCAGAACCUUCAUCGGCGAUGGAGACACCUACGCCCUGGUGGAGAGGUCCAAGCUCUACUGUGGUAACUGUUAUUACAAGAACAUUGUGACCCCGGUGACCCUGCCGGACUCGCCCUGCUCCCGCAUCCCUCACACGGUCACUCUGGUGUCCAUCCCAGCCUCCACCGACGGCAAACGCGGCUUCUCCCUGUCCAUCGACCAGGGCAGCAGCCCCAACGGCUACGGCCCUGACCACAACCACACAGUGCGCGUGUCCGAGGUGGAUUCUGAGAGCAUCAGUCCAGAUGUGAAGAACUCCAUACAUGUUGGUGAUCGUAUCCUAGAGAUCAACGGGACCCCCAUCCGGAAUGUUCCACUUGACGAGAUCGAUCUGCUCAUCCAGGAGACGAGUCGGCUCCUGCAGCUGACCAUCGAGCACGACCCACAUGACCAGGGGGGCUCAGGGGACCAGGUGGAUGGCCCCAGCCCCCUGUCUCGGGGCCCCAGCCCCGUUACCCCCAUCACUCAACCCCCAAACCAGGACGUCAACAACCUGCGCUCGCGCGUGAUCACGCGAAGCUACAGUAUUGAUAAGUCUCCAUGCUCCAGUAACACGGCGUCCCCGCUCUCUCUGCGGAAGGACAUCGGACGCUCCGAGUCUCUCCGGGUGGUGACCAAUCGCACGCACAGGAUUUUCCGGCCCUCAGACCUCAUCCACGGAGAGGUUCUGGGAAAGGGCUGUUUCGGCCAGGCCAUAAAGGUGACCCACAGAGAGACGGGUGAGGUGAUGGUGAUGAAGGAGCUGAUCCGUUUCGAUGAUGAGACUCAGAAGACUUUCCUGAAGGAGGUCAAAGUGAUGCGGUGCCUGGACCACCCAAAUGUCCUGAAGUUCAUCGGGGUCCUCUACAAAGACAAGCGGCUGAACUUCAUCGCGGAGUAUAUCAAAGGAGGCACUCUGAGAGAAAUCAUUAAGAAAAUGGACAGCAGCUAUCCUUGGACUCAGAGAGUGAGCUUUGCGAAGGACAUUGCCUCGGGGAUGGCCUACCUGCAUUCCAUGAACAUCAUCCACCGAGACCUCAACUCGCACAACUGUCUGGUCAGAGAGAAUAACAGCGUUGUGGUGGCCGACUUCGGCCUGGCUCGGCUCAUGGUGGAGGACAAGAACCAGGAGAAGCUGGGGAAGAUCCAGGGGAUGAAGAAGCCGGACAGGAGGAAGAGGUACACGGUGGUGGGCAACCCCUACUGGAUGGCUCCAGAAAUGAUUCACGGAAAAAGCUACGAUGAGAAGGUCGACAUCUUUUCCUUUGGCAUCAUGCUGUGCGAGAUCAUUGGGAGAGUGAACGCUGACCCAGACUACCUGCCCCGAGCCAUGGACUUUGGCCUCAAUGUGAAGGGUUUCCUGGAACACUACUACCCUCCAGACUGCCCCAACUCCUUCUUCCCCAUGGCGGUUCUUUGCUGCGACCUGGAUGCAGAGAAACGGCCUGCUUUCGCCAAGCUCGAGGAAUGGCUAGAGAACCUGAAGAUGCACUUGGAGAUGCGGCUCCCUCUGGUCUCGGAAUUGGAGCAGGUUCACCGAGAUUUCUGGCAGAAGCACCCGCCCAGCGAGAACAGGUUGCCCACUCACCAAGAGCAGCCCGAGUAGCUGGUCAGGGUUGGAGCAGAUGGUGUUUUUGUUUAGACCCUGCUGGCUGAAGGUGGAAGGGUUUUUGGGCAGUGGCACUGGGCCAUGGUGCACAGGCCUGCUGCAAGGUUCUGCCCAUGACAGGAGGUUCAGAAGAAGUUUUUGCUGCCCCCCGCGGUGGAUUCAGAGGGGCUUGUUUUAAGCGAAGUACCCCAUCACCUUCUCCUGGAAGCCAGGACAUCAUUCCUCCACCAUCGCUUUAGCCUCUUCAGUGUUUGACCACUGCUCUUGGGAUCUUCCAUUGUGUGCAUUGUGACUUGAACUGGACCCAGUGGAGGAUUAUUGAUGUCAGCUACUUUCCAUCUACUUUCCAUCAACGUUCUCGGUCUAAAGGCGAUUUCAGAGCCUGGAGUUUUUUUGUGUGUGAGAUGUUUACAGAUGUUUCCUCAGCCUAGCUCGAUUUCACAUUGAUCUGAUGUACUGCUGAAUUGUGUGGCUUCAAAAUGGUAAAGGGGGUGUUUUAAAGGGGGCGCUGUUGUGUACAAAUGCAAUAUAGGGGGGGAAAAGUAGUGCAUGUUUGUAGAUACUCCAUUUUUCCUUGCCCUGCUUGUUCUUUUACCCUCAACAAAGUGGCACUGAUUAUGGGUCAAAACCGACCCCUUCGUCCCGUUUUCGUCUCUCGAUCCGUGUAGCGUCACCAACGUUGUGUCCUUGAGGUACGCUCGUCAGAGUUUGGUACAUUUUACUCUUUUACAUUCAUAACUGUCUGUCUGUGCGCUUGAGGUGAGGCCCAAAAUGAUGUGUAAAUAGCAAAUGAUGUGACAUAUUGUAAAUGUUUUAGAUAUUGUAUAUGUACAGACAUUAUUUUGUAUACAGUUAUGACAUUGCCAUAUUUUUAAUUGGGCUACAUGUUGAAAGUGAAGGACUAGUCCAGCUUACAUGACCUGAGAGACUUCCUUUUUUGUGCUAAGGUCCUGAGAGAUACAGUAGGUGUGAAAUGUGCAGGAUCUCUGCAUUUUCUGAGUGUUUGCUUUACUCUAAAAGUUACUUUAUUUACUGUCCCUGCAGGAGGCAGCAGUAUAACGACACACUGAAAUGUUCUUGAGUAUCUCACAGUUCGGUAAUCGCGGCCCAGCAGACCUCUGUAGUCGGCACCAUGCCCAUAUAAGGAAAUCCAGGUCUAAGCCAUUUAUUUCUAUGGGGAAUGUCAAUGGAAAUAUUCCAAAGUGGAUACAUUUGUUCCUUUCCUCAAAAGUGACUGGAUCCUUAUGAGCCUGUCGAAAAAUAAAUAUUUCUGCAAAUAAUUGGGUCUAAGCCGUUUACAAAAGUGACUGCAUCCUUAUGAGGAUGUCUUAGUAAGUGAAAUAUUCUUUAAUCUAGUCAAUAUAUAUAAUAUUUCUCAUUUGGAGGUUGUUGUUAGUAUAUCAACACUCUCUGAACAAAACUUUGUGGCUCCAACUUCACUUCAGUAACUUUACUGAAGAAUGAAAACACAUUAAUAACUCCUUAUUAAAUACUAAUUAUUAGUAUUAUUAAGUAACUAUGGGGACUUCAGUGCAAACUGGCUGAGCUAUAGAAGUGUGUAUAAAACUGUGGGUCCCCCAGUGGCCUUGGCCAUUUAAGGAGUCUAUUUAAAAUGUAAAAAUUCAGGGUGAUUAAAAAAGAUUCAUCCAAUUUCAAAAUGAUUCAUUUCACUUGUAAAUCAUUACAGAUCAAUGCAGUGAACUGUAAAUGGCUUAAAUGAGCAUAAAGUUUAUUAUGUAAUUGUACAAAGUCUCAGUCUGAACCUCCUCCAACUGUACGGACAUCAAUGCCACCGUCAAACUCAUCCCAUACUGGAUUGAGCAUGUCUGGUGUCGCUGCACUCACGGCUCCUCGCGCUGCACAGUUAUGACUGAUUCACUCUUAUUGAAGUGAACGCAGAACACUUUCUGCUCAGGGGUCUCAUCUCCUCUCAGACUAAAGGGAGCCAGUCAGAAACUCUGACCCCCUCUUACAAGUGGAUUGUGAUUGGUUCCUAGACGCCUCACAGUUGUGAAAAUAUGGAGCUUUGAAAUUGGAUGAAUCUUUUCGAAUCACCCUGUAUAUAAAAUCAUUUUGGAUGAUUUCUAAAUAAUUUUGGAUCAUGUCUGAAUAAUUUUGGAUCGUUUCUGCUGGUCCGUUAAUCCUGAGGUUUUCACACAAUGUAAAAAAGUUGUUUUUAUUCAAAAUUUUGAAAACAAAAAUCUGAUGAUGUUGCCAACUACAGAAGUUUGGAGGUCUGCUGCAGGUCUGCUGUUUAUCGUAACCUGUUCUGUAUAGACUGUCUGUUACAAAGUCACUGUAAUAUUGAAAUCUUUAGCAUUCUGAUUGCUGUCAGAGAAAUGCUGUGCCGAGUUUCAAAAAAAGGGGUAUUGAAUUUACCCGAUUCACAUGUUUAUAUAAUCACCACAUGAAUAGAGAACAGAUCAGAUCAUCAGCACAGUUGUAGAAAAAAGAAGGAAACUGAAAGGCAAGGUGUUGAGAUGUAAACCAAGCCAAAGUGUGGUUAACCAAAAACGGUCCUUUCUGGAGAGUCAGAACUGUUCACAGGGGUGGUGAUAGGAGCCUGCGUCCACCUCUAAAAGCUCCCUCACAGAAAGUUCCUACAUGAGACAAAUCCGUUCAUGGUGGAAGGGCACAUGCAGGGUGUUGUGAGGCAAAAAAGUCCCUGAAGAAAGUUUAUUUGUCCGUAUUUUCCACUAUUUUCGUCAACGUUCCAUAUAAACUCAGAAGACUCGUGUAGGUUCACUGGAUAGUAAUCUGUGUUGUAGUCAUGGCCACCCCUGGUUCCUAUCACCACCAUUGUAAAGACAUCUGAACCGCUUCACACCAAACCGCUCUGAAUGACUCGGUUUACAUCUCACACACUGAAAAUCAGAGCAUAUAUUCUGAUCUAGGAUCAGCUUUUUUGGGUAGUAGGAUGAGGUCAGUUUUCACAGUUCCUGCCCCGUAGAGAAACGUUAAAGGAAUACUUCAGCAUAUCUCUCGGCCUAAUUUGUAGAGCACAGUCGAUUUACUACAGACAGUAAUUUCCAUGCAGAACUGGACAGGGAAACUGAAGCACCUGCCCAUUGGUUCCUACUAAGCACGUUUUAAGUCAGUGGGGUUUUUGGUCUUUUCUGAGUUCAGAGAAACAUGUUGAAUUUACGGUCUGUGGUAAUGGACCGUACACUAAAGACGCAGCUGAUAGAGAUCAGGUUGAAAAACCACACAAGUAGCCCUUUAAACGAUGAAGCCUAAGCCCAAAAGCCACCUCACUGAUGUCUGCCUGUAUCUCACUAUUGUGUGCAGCUCUCUAUGGGAGACGUCCUGUUUACACAAAGCUGCUGGCUGUAAAUAUGUCUGUGUACUCAGCUUUCUCCCUGUCUCUCUCUCUCUCUCUCUCUCUCUCUCUCUCUAUCCUCUCCUGUAGAGGAUGGUGUCUUGGCUAGGUGUUAGUUCCCUGUAACCGAGCAUAAACACAGUUUUUCUGGAAAUAAUCACACAAAGCAGGACUGUCAGGAAAGCAUGUGUACAGAUCGCGGUCACGGGCCAAAACAAACACAAAGAAACGAAGAAGAAAAAAAAAGACACAGCAUCUCUUUUUCUUUGUAUAGAACCACUGUAAUCUUUUUUGUAUAGACCUUCAAAUGAUUGUUUUUAUUUGCACUAAAUGAUAAAAAAAAAAAAAAAAGUGGCUGCCACUUUUUUUUCUUCUCGGUUACGUAGAAACGGAUGCUGCGCCGAUUCUUAUACAAAUGCAAGUCACUGAUGGAGCCUUUCGUGAAAAGUUAGUCCUCGGGGAAAAAACCUCUCUUCUGAGUAGCAAACCGAGCGUGAAGGGCCUAAAACCCAGCAUCCAAGGGGGCGGCCGAGCUUUAGCCGCUGUUUGGUCCAUCAUUGUUUGUCCUCUAUCACUCUGUCUCCCUUCUUUUUUCUCAGCGUUUACACUAAAAAACUGAAAACUUGAACCUUCUCCCACAUUCUGCUUGCUGCACGUCUGAAGGGAGAUGCAGAUGCAUGUUUUUAGGUCCUCCAGGUUUAUCCGCCGGGAGCUCAGCGCUGUUUUCGAUGGAACUUAUGAAAGCCAUAUUUUUCCCAGUCAGGAAGAAGCAUCGCAUUGACGUUAGCUGAAGUGUGCGGGAAGGAUCACCUUCACAAAGUUCCCAAACAUUUUCUCCCAGGUCACCCGUUUUUAAAACUGUUCCUACUAGGGCUGUCAAACGAUUAAAACAACCAACCGAGAUUAAUCGCGUUAUUUUGUGUAGAUAAUCACAAUUGAUCACAUUAUUUUGUAGUUAAUUGUGGCUGUUUACAUUGUUUUUGCAGUUAAUCAUGAUUAAUCGCAAUUUUUGCGUUGUUGAUUGCGAUUAAUCGAAUCGUUUUGAGUAGCUGUUUCCAUUAAUUGCAUUGCUUUGUGUUGUUAUUCUCGAUUAAUCACAUUUUGUGGUUAGUUGUGAUUACACACAUUAUUUUGAGUGGUUAAAUCACAAUUAAUCACAUUACUUUGUGUAGUUCAUUAUGGUUGAUUACAUAAUUUUGGACAGUUCACUGUGAUUAUUUGCAUUAUUUUUUAUUUUCGAUUACAAUUAAUCACGUUUUGAGUAGCAAAUUUAAAUUAAUUGUAUUGCUCUGUGGUGUUAAUCUUGAUUAAUCGCACCAUUUGUGCAAUCACAUUAUUUUGUGUAGUCAGUUAUGAUUAAUGACCUAUUUGUAGUUCAUUUUUAUUACGCACAUUUUGUGUAGGUAAUAGUGAUUAAUCGCAUUUCUUUGUGUAGUUAAUUGUGAUUAAUCAUUUGAUUACUUACCCAAAUUGAUUGCGAUUAAUAAUCUCGAUUCGUCACAUUAUUUGCAGAGUAAUCCUAAUAUUUUGUGUAGUCAACCAUGAUUAAUCGCAUUUUUGUGGUUAGUUGUGAUUACACACAUUAUGUUGUGCAGUUAAUUGCAAUUAAUCGCAUUACUUUGUGUAGUUAAUCGCGAUUAAUCCUUUGAUUAUUUUGUGUUGUAGAUGACCAAAUUGAUUGCGAUUAAUAAUCUCGGAUUAGCCGCAUUAUUUGCAUAGUCAUCAUGUUAUUUUAUGUAGUCAACCAUGAUUAAUCGCAUUUUUGUGGUUAGUUGUGAUUACACACGUUAUGUUGUGCAGUUAAUUGCAAUCGCUGUUUUGUGUACAAGCCAUUUAAAAUGAACAGGGCUACAGUUGUGGAUUCUAGCGGAGUAUCUGCGCCGUGACGGAUGCUUUUAACGCAUUGGCAGCCCUGGUUUUAACACCGUUUCAAAAUGCUACGCAAUUUCAUAGCUUUCCUUUUUAAUCUCUUCACCUCAGACAUUUCACAACAAACUGAAAAGUCCCAGAAAGCCUAAUUACAGUGACACCACUUGUCUUUUUUUCCAUAAAGUGGGCCUUUCGCUCAUCUUUCUUUUCCACGGAUGGCGGCAGUUUCAGCAACGUUUUUCAGUUUCUUAUUUCAGCACUUAAACACGAAACGCUCCACUUCUCAGCAUUUUCUCCAGGUUUGCUACGCAGGGGUCAGAGGCCCGAGGCCUGUCUGCUGCCUAAAGAAAGAUCCUUUGUGAAAGAAGUUCGUAACGACUGCUUCAUCGUACCGUGUCACGUUCAUUUAACACUCAUUAGCCUACAUUAAAAGAGCACUUAAUGUCGCUGAUCGUCCAGAUCGUUGUGUAGGAGAAAGAGCUGGAUGUUAGUUUUCCACGCCGUGUUUGAGUCUCGGUGCGCAUGGUGGCCACGCAGGAUGGCUCUACGCUACAGUGUACAUUUCAAUGUGAACCAGUAUAUGCGCAUGUAUCCCGGGUGUGUUUUCACCUUUUCUGUCGACAGACAAACAAUCGCACGCAUGACGACCUCGUGAGCUACUUUAUGUGCGAAUGCUGCAGCAGUCCCUCUUUGCAAAGGAUCAUUUUUACCUCUGAAUAUUGCUGUGCCUUUGUUUUAAGCUAGCCUUGCCAACGACUUGUAGUGCAUUUUGAAAUGAUUUUUUUUGUUUUUUUUUAUCGUAAAAGUGAUGGAUUGAUUUUAUAUCAUUGCUGAUCUGUUGAAAUGAGAGUUCCUCUUGUUCUCUAUAUUUAUAUACCGUGUUCUUCCAUAUCUCCGCUGUCCAGUUUGGUAUUUAGUUUUUUUGAUUUGUUCUUUUAAUUUAAUUAUUUUUACACAAGCUGUGAAAAAAAAACAAAACAAAACCGAUUCUGCACUUUAAAUUCUGGCCGUGAAAAAUUUGAGAAUCCAAGGAGUCGACUAUAUUUGAUUGCAGCUGGAAUAAAACUGCCGCUCCUUAACAGAUCA